AUGUACUGGCUGCUUUUCCUCUUUUUUGUCCACUUCCUGCGACAUGGUUUAUGUGAUACAAGUACUAGAAGCAAUGGGAGUGGUACCAUGAACCCCGCAGGUAUUAAUAUUACCAACAGCACUUAUAUGAAUGCGACAUGGCAAAGCAAUUCUCUUUCCCAUGAAUUAGCAGUUCGAUCACAAAGAGAUAUUAUGUCAAAUAUUACUAUAGACCAGGUCCCAUUUCCGGGUAUUAACCUGAAUUCUGUGUUGUUUCAUAAAGCCUUCAUUGUGAACAACAAUGGGUCUCACCUUCCUUUCAAUGAGUCUAUUGCAUUCGAAUACUUUCAAAAUAUAAUGGUCUAUGGAGCUCAAAGUUUUGUCGUUGAUAUAGAAGUGGGGAUGAACUACAGCUGGGUAUUAAAGGAAACAGAUGUGCUCCUAUCGGAUUUACUUAUACAAAUGAGAAACUUCAUAUCUGCUACGAAUAACAAUUUAUAUGGUAAUGUGCUGAUGUUAUUACUUAGAGUAGAUCCGACCAUAAAGCUAGCGAGUGCUCGAAAUAAGACGAUUUACAAUUCGCGGUUGAAUUUUACGGAUGAUUUGUUCAAUAAGUUUCCGAACCUGAAUAUCACAGGAAUACUUGACAAUACUAUUGGAAGAUCUUUUAUUUACACGCCUUCAGACUUUUUAGGAACAUAUGAUCCGCCUUACAGUAUAGAUAACUCCACUAACUUUUGGCCCACAUUGGGUGCCUUAAUGUAUGGUAGACGGAAACGACUACUGGCAAUGGAAAUCACUAACUCGUUUGAUGCAUUGGAAAGUAACUACAUUUUCACUAACCAUAAUUUAACAUAUGAUGUAGGAAAUGUCUCGAUUAGCUGUCCGUAUAAUAGAGACCAAUUCAUAUCGGCUUCUGAAACAACUUUUAAGUUCUUAGAAGCAAGAUAUACAAAAUCUGAGGUUGAGAUGUACUCAGGAUGUGGAUACUCACCUAUGAUAGCUAACAGAUUUGACUCUGCUAAUAUUACAGCCUUGAUAGAUCUACUGGCACCUGCCGUAGUAUGGUCGUGGGCAGUUGGUCAACCUAUAUUGACAGUAUCAGUUCCUCGAAAGACGAGCGAUUUAGUAGCAGAAAACUGUGCAGCAUUUAACUUUGCAUAUAACAAUUUUUCAGCCAAUUGGUUUGUGGAAAAUUGCUAUUCUAAAAAAAGAGCUUUAUGUCGGUCAGAUAAGCAGAUCUUUAAUUGGACAGCAACCAAUGUUAAGGAUUCUUAUUUUGAGAUGGAUGGUUAUAGAGGAGAGACAAAAUGUCCUAAUACCUACUCUUUCUCAAUCCCAAGAACUCCUCUAGAACAGCGCUCUAUACUUUUACAAUUUGAGGCUUCUCAAUUUAAUGACGAUACAUUAUGGAUUGAUUUGAAUUCAAUAUCCGUCUCUAACUGUUGGGUAUCGGGCGGUUCAUACGCUAGUUGUCCAUACCAGCGGGCAGUUUCGACCAGAAAUUUUGUGGCUAUGAUGGUUCCUGUUACUGUGUGCUCGUUCGUCCUUUUGAUGAUGGCAUUAUAUUUCAGUCUUUUCAGGAUUCCAAUUUAUGAUAAUCGUUACAAUUGGAGAAGAGUUGUGAAUAACUAUUCUAAAACGGAAGUUGAUGGUGUUCCGUCUUGA